GGCACCCGUGACGUCACCGGGCCGGCCGGCACACCGGGCAUGUCGUCGUCGAUGUUCCGUGACGUAGACCUGACGUCAUCACAUACGUCACGGAGCCGCCGCGCGGCCGUGCGCGUGCCCCUCAGCGCUUGGCGCCGCCGAGUUCCCGCUGCGGCGCGCGCGGAUGACGUCACUGCCGGUACCGCGCCGGUCGCGUGUUUCCCGGGAACUUCCGGUUCCGGGGCGCGGAGCGGCCGCGCCAUGGACGAUCUGAUCCUCAACGUGGACUUCGCCGCCCCCGAGAGCCGCCCCAAGAAGGAGCCGGGGAACCGAAAGCACCAGAACUUCGUGCGGCGGCGCCGGGAGCUGGAGCGCCGCGGGGUCCUGCGGCAGAAGCAGCUCCCGGCGGCACCGGGCGCGCCCCGGCGGGCCCCGGCACGGCGCUCGGGGGCCAAACCGCGCUCGGGCCGGCGCAGCCCCAAAGAGAACGGCCCCGCCGCCCCCCGGGGCCCCCCGGUGUCGCAGAACGGCCCCACCGGCACUAAGGAAAAGGGGAAGGCCAGCGCCGCCGGAGCUCCCCCAGCACCCCAGAACAGCCCCACUGGGAGCAAGGGGAAGGCUCGGGGGGCGGCUGCCGGAGCCCCCCCGGCCUCCCGGAACGGCCCCACCGGCACCGGUGCCCCCGGUCGGAGCAAGGGCAAGGCUCGGGGCACCCCCAAGGCUGGCGGUGCCCCCCCGGCGCCCCCCAAGCUGGUGGCCCUGGACUGUGAGAUGGUGGGCACGGGGCCCGGCGGGCGCACCAGCUCGCUGGCCCGCUGCAGCAUUGUCACCUACGAGGGGGACGUGGUGUACGACAGCUACGUGCGGCCCGAGGCGCCCAUCGUGGACUACCGGACCCGCUGGAGCGGCAUCCGCCCGCGCCACAUGGCCCGGGCUGUGCCCUUCCGUAGGGCACAGCAGCAGGUUCUGCAGAUCCUCGCUGGCAAGGUGGUGGUGGGCCACGCCAUCCACAACGACUUCAAGGCUCUCCAUUACUGCCACCCCAAAGCUCUGACCAGGGACACAUCCCAUAUCCCUCUGCUGAACCGCAGGGCUGGCUUCCCUGAGAACGUGGCCAUCUCCCUGAAACGCCUCACCAAGGCCCUGCUGAACCAGGACAUCCAGGUGGGGAAAAGUGGCCACUCCUCGGUGGAAGAUGCCCGAGCCACCAUGGAGCUCUACAAGGUGGUGGAGGAGGAGUGGGAGCAGCACCUGCAGCAGAACUCGGAGAAAAAGUGACACCCUGGGGGGCUCAGAAUGACACCCCCAGCCUGGUCCUGCCUCUGGGGAGCUCAGAGUGACACCCUGGGGGGCUCAGAGUGGCACCCCCAGCCUGGUCCUGACUCUGGGGGGCUCAGAGUGACACCCCCAGCCUGGUCCUGCCUCUGGGGGGGUCCCACAGUGACAUCCCCAGCCAAGUCCUGCCCCUCGAGCAUCCCGCGAGCGCUGAGGGGCUGCCCUGUCCGUGGCUGAGGAGGAGCCAGGUGCGAUGUCCUUGUCCCCAAGCCUGUCGUGCCUUGUGCCGCUGUCCCCAGGGCGUGGGCAGGGCCCGGGCCGGUGCCUUCCCCCCCAGGGGAGGAGCCCAGAGGGGUCUCUGGGACUCUGCACCUCCCGAACGCUGCUCCUGAUCUGGGAGUGACCCUGGGGCAGCCUGAGCACAGGCCCCAUCCCUGGGGCGCUGGGAGUGGGGCAGGCUCCUUCCUCCUCACCAAACUACCUCUGCCAGCGCCGGGAGCUGCCGGUGCGCCCGGGAUUGCGGCUGGGAUCGCAUCCCUCCGUAGAGUCCCGCUCCGGGGGCUGGGAUUAUAUCCCUCCGCAAAAGGAUCGCAUCCCUCCGCAGAGUCCCGCUCCGGGAGCUGGGAUCACAUCCCUCCGCAAAAGGAUCACAUCCCUCCGCAGUCCCGCUCCGGGAGCUGGGAUCGCAUCCCUCCAGAAAAGGGUCGCGUCCCUCCGCAGAAUCCCGCUCCAGGGGCUGGGAUCGCAUCCCUCCGCAGAGUCCCGCUCCGGGAGCUGCUCUAGGGUGGUGAAAUCCCUUCCUCGUUGUGCAAGGGGCGGGAGAAAGCCGGGCAUGGCGAGCAGCAUCGCCCCAUCCGCCUGCCGGAGCCCCUCGUGCUGCCCCGGGGGCGACCCUGGGGGUCCCGCGGGCGAGACCCGUCCGGGCUGGCCCGGGGACACCCCCGGAGGGCAGCCGGACCCUGAAGGCACCCGAGCCUUGACGGGAACUGCUUUGAACUGAAAGGUUUAUGUGCCAAAUCCUAAUUAAAAAAAUCGUUGAAGA